AUGGUAGCUCGUCAGGGUUUUUCUCCUUGGGCCGCAGUACAGCUGCUUGAUGUAGGUUUCUCCGCUAUUGCUGCAGGUCCAGCUGUGUGCUCUGGGGGAUGGUUCUCGUCUGCAAGUUUGGCAAGCGGCGUGUCCACUGGCGGCGAACGUGCACAUUUCCAGGACGCAAAUGCUCUUGAUUCGCCGUCUGGGCUCCCGUUGAAUUCGUCUUGCGCUUUCCGCGACCCGGACGGACGGUCACAACACGAUUUACCUGCUUCUAGUUGCUCCCCAGGCAAGUCCAUUCACAAUCAGAUGACGCCGCCUCUCCCAGGCCGGUGCUUUAGUUCUGUCUCAGCAUUUUACAUUCCGCGUAAACGAAGACAAGAAUGGUGCAAGGGCAAGCAGAAGGACGCGGCGUGGCUGAUGAAGCCGCUGGAGGGUCUAAGCGUUGAGGAUACGCGAGCCGUCGUAGCAUGA